UUGAUUAGUGGGAAAUACCAAAGAAGUGACAGAAGUUGAAGCUGACAGCAGCAGACAGCAGGGUCAUGGAGCCACGGCAGAUUAGAGAAGGAUACUUGGUGAAAAAGGGUACACUGCUCAACUCCUGGAAGGCGGUGUGGGUAGUGCUGUCAGAAGAUGGGGUGGAAUUCUACAAAAAGAAAACAGACUCAUCUCCAAAAGGGAUGAUCCCGCUAAAGGGAGCCACGCUCAUCAGUCCUUGCCAGGAUUUUGGCAAGAGGAUGCUGGUUUUUAAGAUUACCACAGGCAAGAAGCAGGAUCACUUCUUCCAAGCUUCACAUGUGGAGGAGAGAGAGUUUUGGGUGAAGGACAUGAAGAGAGCCAUUACCUGCCUAGAGGGGGGGAAAAAGUUUGCCAGGAAGUCCACAAGACGCUCCAUUCGCCUGCCUGACAAAGUCAACCUGACGGAACUGUACACACUGAUGAAAGACCAGGAUGAUGGAGUAAAAGAGUUAAAACUGGAGCAGGAGAAUCGAGUCUUCAACCACUGCUUCACAGGUGCGACAGUGGUAGAGUGGCUGAUUUCAAAGGAGAAAUCUAGGAAUAAAGCUGAGGCCCUGAUGUUGGCGACAGGGCUGCUGAACGAGGGUUUUCUCCAGCCUGCUGGUGACUUGUCAAAAGAGGGAGCAGAGAGUGGAGAACAGUCUGUUUUCUUAGAUCAGACAACUGCUCUUUAUUACUUUGCAGACAGUGGGUUCUUCUGUGAAGGCUACUCCAGUGAUGAAGAUGUGCUUCUGAAGCAAGAGUUCAGAGGAAACAUUGUAAAACAGGGCUGUUUACUCAAACAGGGACAUAAGAGGAAAAACUGGAAGGUGCGAAAGUUCAUACUGAGAGACGACCCUGCCUUUGUGCAUUAUUAUGACCCUACAAAGGGGGAUGACCCUCUGGGCUCCAUUCAUCUCCGUGGGUCUGUCAUUACCGCCGUGGAACAUGUGCCUGAUGCAAAGAAAUAUGACAUUGAUGGCAACCUCUUUGAGAUCAUCACCUCCGAUGAGACACAUUACUUCCUCCAAGCUGCUACCGUGGAAGAAAGAAAGGAAUGGAUCAAAGCAAUACAGGCAGUUUCAAAAAGUGGAAAAUAACAGGAGAAGCAAGGAAGCCACAUUUUGGGUUGCAUUUAACAGUGCUGCCAGCAAAGUUGAACUGUGAUUAUGAACGAUUGUCUUUAUGUAGUUCUGUGCCAUUGUAAAGUAGAUGUAAAGACUCACUCCUCUUUAAACUUUUAAACUAAAGUUAUGAUGUUUUUAGGUAUGUAGUGUGUAAUAAAUUAAAGAGAAACUGUUA